AUGGCCCUGCUUCCUUCUUCUGCUCUGCAGCGUGUUCCCCUGCUGUCUCCGCCUGCGUCUUCUCUGCCUGCCGUUCCAGAGCCUGAGUCUGACCGCGCUCGUCCUGCUCACCCUACUGUCACGCGUCUGCUAGCCACUAUUGUCACUGACCCGUCGUUUGAGUCUGCUGCUGCGUCUGCCUUAGUCGCUGAGCUUGUUGAAUUUGCUGCUGCCUGUCUUCAAGACUACGCCGCUAGUCUUGUUGCUGAGUCUGAGUGUGUCUGUCCUCCGUCCAUCGGGGGUGAGUGUGCUCUUGGCACGCACGUCCUUGAGGACAGGCAGGAGGACCUUGAGUGUUUUGCAACUGCUGCGCCUCAUCUCGUGUCCAUGCUGCUUGCCCCCGAGGGAGACCCGGAUGUUCCAGACAUCCCGACCCCGCGCUCUUACGCUAAGGCGAUCGCGGGUGAGUACUCCUCUCAGUGGCAGACAGCCAUGGAUGCAGAGAUGGCAUCCUGGAAGUCCACAGGCGCUUACGUUGAUGAGGUCCCCCCUCCUGGGGCGAACAUCGUCGAUGGCAUGUGGAUUUUCAGGGUGAAGCGGUCGCCAGGUUCUCCGCCUGUCUUCAAGGCUCGUUACGUUGCUCAAGGUUUCAUUCAGCGAGAGGGAGUUGACUUCUUCCAGACCUUCUCUCCCACCCCAAAGAUGACCACUCUUCGGGUGUUGCUGCACGUUGCCACUCAGCAUGACUACGAGAUUCACUCUCUUGACUUCAGCACAGCUUUCUUAGAGGGCAGCCUGCACGAGGAGAUCUGGCUACGCCGCCCGCCUGGCUUCACUGGGUUGUUCCCUCUUGGUACCCACUGGAGCCUUCGACGGCCGGUCUACGGUCUCCGCCAGGCGCCACGUGAGUGGCACGACACACUGAGGACGACACUUGCGACUCUUGGGUUUACUCCGUCGACUGCUGACCCGUCACUGUUUCUGCGCUCCGACAAUUCGCUGCCGCUGUUCUACAUCCUCGUGUACGUUGACAACUUGGUCUUUGCCACUGCUGACACUGAGGUUCUCGCCUUGGUGAAGUCGGAGUUGCAGAAGAGACACACGUGCACAGACUUGGGUGAGCUGCGCAGUUACCUUGGCUUGCAGAUCACCCGGGACAAAGCACGUCGCACCAUCACCCUGACUCAGUCACACAUGGUGCAGCAGGUCCUUCAGCGCUUCGGCUUCACCUGGUCCUCGGCACUCACUCCUCUAGCUACAGGUCACUCGCUCUCAGCUCCACCUUCGGACGAGUCCAUAGAGCCGAGUGGUCCUUACCCAGAACUAGUUGGCUGCCUUAUGUACCGGAUGACUUGCACUCGUCCUGACCUCGCGUACCCUCUUGGCCUUCUAGCUCACUACGUGGCCCAUGGUCAGCACCAAAAGGCUACGCAGCGGUCGUCACAGGGAUACACCUUCAGCCUUGGCUCUGGCUCAGUUUCUUGGCGUUCUACACGCUCGUCUUCAGUUCUCAGCUCUAGUUGUGAGGCUGAGAUCUACGCCACAGCCAUGGCUGCACAGGAGUUACGCUGGCUCACCUACCGCUGA